AUGUCUGAACCUGGGACCCCCGCGCAGGUUCCUGACGGGCAGCCAGAACCGGUUAUCAUUGGACCGGGGCUAACGGCCCUGAAGGAUGAGGCAUACACGGCUGCGACCAAUGCGACCCCGAGCUUAGCGCCCGAUAGGAAAUACCAGAUGGACAGCGAUGCGCCAUCAUACUUCGGCAAUAUCCCGGGCGCUAACACCAAGUCGCCCGACCCAUCAGCCGUGGCGUCAGCCUCGUCUUCGGGCCGAAGAAGGAUGUCUUCAGGACAAGAUCUGCUUCGCCGGCUAAGCCUCACAGGGGAUGCAUCGCCGAUGUCGCCUGAGGUUGACCCGCGUGCUCAGCAUGCAGGGCUCAAGCUAAGCGGCCGGCUGAUAAGCGUGGCUUUCUGUAUCCCGUACAAGCUUUGCCACCAAUCGGGGUCGGAUUGGACGCUCAAGCCACGCUCAGGCACUUCGGCCCUUUUCGAUUCGUUCGCCAACCUAGCUUCUGACGAGACCCAAUGGUCCCACACCUUGGUGGGAUGGACAGGAGAGGUCGAGCCUACACCAGAUGCAAAGACUCCUCUACAGUCGAUUCCGGUCAAUGCGGCGAGCAAGCUGCCCGUUGGCUCCAGCGCUGCCGGCGCAGGCCCACUUAAUAAGGCUGCUGCGCCUGUUCCGGUAAAUGCUAGCCAACAGCCGCCUUCACACCCUCUGGUCGAUGGAAUCAGCGUCACCAAGGGGGAGCGUGAGAGGCUCGAUCAGCAAUUGGCUUCGGGACGUUACGGACGGAUCCUGCCCGUCUGGUUAUCGGACGAAACAGAGGAGCCGGAAGAUACCAUCCUGCUCAAUGACCAAGGAAGGUGGCGCCGAUACGCAGAGAGAGAGUUGUAUCCCCUGCUGCAUUACAAACAACAUGGCCCAACAGACGGCCGCUCAGAACGGCGGUGGUGGGCCGACUACAUCCGCCUGAACCAACUGUUCGCGGACCGCAUCGCGGCAGAUUACCAGGAAGGAGACGUGGUUUGGAUUCACGACUACCACCUCUUUCUGCUGCCUGGCUUACUACGACAGCGCAUUCCCAACAUCUACAUUGGCUUCUUCCUGCACUCACCGUUCCCCAGUAGCGAGUUUGUGCGCUGCCUUGCAAAGCGGAAGGAGGUCUUGACGGGGGUCCUCGGCGCCAACAUGAUUGGUUUCCAGACCUUUUCCUAUUCACGCCACUUCUCCUCGUGCUGCACCCGCGUCUUGGGAUUCGAGUCCAACUCGGCCGGAGUGGAUGCGUACGGCGCCCACGUCGCAGUGGAUGUCUUCCCCAUCGGAAUCGAUGCGCAGGCUAUCCAAAAGACCGCCUUUGGAGCGCCGGAUAUUGAGAAGACCGUGCUAGGGAUCCGCAGGUUGUAUAUCGGAAAGAAGAUCAUUGUCGGUCGUGACCGUCUAGACAGCGUUCGAGGAGUGGCCCAGAAACUACAAGCAUUUGAGAUAUUCUUGGAAAGAUACCCCGAAUGGCGCGACAAGGUGGUUCUCAUCCAAGUCACGAGCCCGACCAGCGUGGAGGAAGAGAAAGAGGAUCCCGAAAACAAGAUUGCCGGCCAGAUAUCCAACCUGGUUUCCACAAUCAAUGGCCGCUUCGGGUCGCUGAGCUUCUCUCCGGUUCAGUACUACCCACAGUAUCUCUCGCAGCGGGAAUACUUCGCCUUGCUACGUGUCGCCGACGUCGGGUUAAUCACCACCGUCCGCGACGGCAUGAAUACAACGAGUUUAGAAUAUAUUGUCUGUCAACAGACAAACCACAGCCCCCUCAUCCUCUCUGAGUUCUCCGGUACCGCGGGCACGCUGCCCAGUGCUAUCCACAUCAAUCCCUGGGAUAUGGUGGGUGUUGCGGGCGCCAUCGAUCAAGCCCUCAAGAUGCCUGCCGAUCAGCGGAGGGACCAGCAUCUGAAGCUAUAUAAACAUGUCCUCACCAACACCGUCAGCACCUGGUCAAGGCUGUUCCUCCACCGCCUACUCACCAAUCUCUCUUCCUUUGACCAGUCCGUUGCCACUCCAGCGCUGGAUCGUGCGAAAGUGAUCAAGCAGUACCGCAAAGCCCGGAGACGACUGUUUAUGUUCGACUACGACGGUACCCUCACACCGAUUGUCAAGGACCCGCAGGCCGCCAUUCCGUCCGAUCGUGUACUGCGCACCCUCAAGAGCUUAUCAGCCGACCCACGAAACGCCGUCUGGAUCAUCAGCGGACGAGACCAAGCCUUUUUGGAUGAAUGGAUGGGCCAUAUCCCGGAACUAGGCCUCAGCGCCGAGCACGGGUGCUUCAUUCGCAAGCCCCGGUCAGACGACUGGGAGAACCUGGCGGAGUCGUCCAACAUGGGGUGGCAGAAGGAAGUGGUGGAGGUCUUCCAGCAUUACACCGAGCGGACGCAGGGCUCCUUCAUCGAGCGAAAGCGAGUGGCAUUGACAUGGCAUUAUCGCCGGGCAGACCCGGAGUACGGGGCAUUCCAGGCGCGUGAAUGCCGCAAAGAGCUCGAGAAUACCGUUGCCAAACGGUGGGAUGUGGAGGUCAUGGCCGGCAAAGCCAACCUGGAGGUGCGGCCGACGUUCGUCAACAAGGGAUUCAUCGCGACACGGCUGGUGAACGAAUACGGCACGGAGCCUGGCAAGGCGCCGGAGUUCAUCCUAUGUCUGGGCGAUGACUUCACUGACGAAGAUAUGUUCCGCGCACUCAAGAAGUUCGACUUGCCGCAGGACCAUGUGUACUCGGUGACGGUGGGUGCCAGCUCGAAGCAGACGGACGCCAGCUGGCACCUUCUCGAACCGGCGGAUGUCAUCAGCACGGUCCAGGGACUCUACAGCAAUCCCCACCACGAGCAUUAG